AUGUGGCCUGAAACUGUGGAUGACAAUUAUUGUUCCAAAUCUAGAUAUGUUUUUGUUCGCAGGAAGGUUCUUGGUGCUUGCUCUUCAACAUCUUCUCAGUCUUCGCUUCCUGCACCCUUGUGGAAGAAGUUUUGGCGUACCGAUGCUCAACCCCGUUGCAAGGAGGUGGCGUGGCGUGUGGUCUCUGGUUUGCUGCCUGUCCGUGCUUCCCUUCGCCGGAGAGGCCUUGAUGUUGACCCUUUGUGCCCGUUGUGCGCCAGUGAUGAGGAGACGAUAUUUCAUUUGUUUGUAUCUUGUCCUGUUGCACAGAGCUUCUGGUUUGGUUCUCUUUUAUCCCUUCGGUUGCACAGGUUUGGAAACAUGGAGGAAUUUUUGGCUGAUUUUCUCCCUGCGGCAGAUGAUGAUGCUCUCGCGGUUUGGCAGGCAGGUGUGCAUGCUCUUUGGGAGGCGCGUAACCGUGUUGUUUUCCAGGGUGGUGAGGUGCCUGUCCUGGUUGUUGUUGUGGUACAAUGCUGUUGUAUGCUAGCUGCUGCUCCCGUCGUGGACGCAGCCGUGGUGCCCAGACCAAGCCCGACGUUACCAUCUUCUUGGGUAAGGCCGACGCACAAAAUCUACAAGCUAAAUUUCGAUGCAGCGGUGGCAUCCACGGGGCUGGUGGGUUUUGGUUUGGUUGUGCGGGAUAGGCAUGGUGAGGUUCUUGCUUCUGCAGCACAACACCUCCUUCAUGCUUCUUCGCCAAUCAUGGGGGAGGCAAUGACUCUUAGGUGGUCCAUGCAUCUUGCUGUUCAGAUGGAUUUUCGGCGUGUGCUGUUUGAGACAGAGUGUUUACAGCUCUUCCAGCGUUGGAAGAAGCCGCCAGAUGGUAGAUCUUAUUUAGCUAGUAUUAUUGCUGAUUGUUUCAUGUUAUCUCAUUUUUUUGAUUAUGUUGACUUGUCUUUUGUUCGCCGGGGGGGCAAUUUUGUUGCUGAUUUCCUAGCUGGUAAUGCUUCCAAUUACUCUGACAUGGUUUGGUUGGAAGAGGUUCCAGUUGAGGUUAUUGAUUUGGUUCAUGCUGAUGUAAUGACUUCUAUGCCUACUUUUGCUUAA